GCCAGGCGUGAGACUUGGCUGCGGUUCGUCGAGUGACAGUGCACGAGCGAUUCUUCACACACAAAAAAAUGUUUCUUAUAUUCACACUUUUAGUGGUAGCGGCGGCCACUCUGUACUACAUCAACUGGAGGCAGGGAAGAAAACAUCUUUAUGAACUGGCUGAGAAACUUCCGGGGCAGCCUGGCCUGCCGCUCCUGGGCAACACCCUCACCUUCGCCCUAAGUCAUAACAAAAUACUCGAGACUCUUUACGAAAUGAGCUUUCAAGACAAAUUUCAAGACCUGGCAAAACUUUGGUUAGGGCCGAGACUCGUUGUAAUUUUAGUCAAUCCUAAAGAUAUAGAAAUUAUCCUUAGCAGUUCGGUCCAUCUGAAAAAAUCCAACGAGUACAAAUUCUUCGAGCCAUGGUUUGGAAACGGCCUUUUGAUCAGUAACGGCGACACUUGGAAGACCCACAGGAAAAUGAUCGCGCCAACCUUCCACCUCAACGUGCUCAAAAGGUUCAUGGACGAAUUCAACAAAAACUCGAAGUGCGUUAUUUCCAGGAUGGCGAAAGAAAACGGAAAACCUUUCGACUGCCACGACUACAUGAGCGAAUGCAUGGUGGAAACACUUUUAGAAACCGUAAUGGGUGUUAAACAGGCGAGUAAGGGCAGGAACUGCUUGACCUACGCUAUGUCAGUCAUGGAUAUGUGUGACAUUUUACACUCGAGGCAGACGAAACUUUGGCUCAGGCCCGACUUCCUCUUCAGGUGGACGAGCAUGGCCAAGGAAAACGACAAACACCUCAACAUCAUUCUCAACCUGACCAAUAAAAUUUUCAAGAAAAAGAAGGACGACUACGCUCAGAACAAAUUCACGACCCCAGCCCAAAAGGAAAUCACAGUUACCAGCGAGGAAGUAAAGACGAACGAAAAAUUCUCCUACGGCCAGUCCGCAGGUCUGAAAGACGAUCUUGACGUCGACGACAACGAAAUCGGUGAGAAAAGAAGAUUACCAUUCCUUGAGUCGAUGAUAGAAAGGGCUCACAACGGAGACGGUCUGACAGAUCAGGAAAUCAAGAACCAAGUCAACACAAUUAUGUUCGAGGGUCACGACACGACCGCAGCAGGAAGCAGCUUUUUCUUGUCAAUCAUGGGCGCGAGACAAGACAUCCAGGAGAAAUGUUUGGAGGAGAUCGACGAGAUUUUCGGCGACUCAGACAGGGAUGUAACUUUCCAAGAUACCCUUGAAAUGAAAUAUCUUGAGAGGUGCAUCAUGGAAACCCUAAGGCUUUUCCCACCGGUGCCAAUUAUCGGAAGAGAACUCGAGCAAGAUAUUAAAUUGGCUUCGAGCGAUUUGGUCCUCCCGGCCGGAUGUACGGCUACGAUCGGAACCUUCAAACUCCACCGUCGCCCCGACAUCUACCCGAACCCGGAGGAAUUCGAUCCAGACAGGUUCCUACCGGAAAACUCCACCUCCAGGCACUAUUAUUCUUUCAUUCCGUUCAGCGCCGGUCCGAGGAGCUGCGUCGGUAGAAAAUACGCCAUGCUCAAGCUCAAGAUCCUUCUCGCCAACAUCCUGCGUAACUUCAGAGUCAAGGAAGGCAAACCGAUGAACAAAUGGAAGCUGCAGGCUGAUAUCAUCCUCAAAAGGACCGACGGUUUCGAAAUCGCCCUCGAGAACAGGAAACACCAGAAAGCUCACUAGGCCUAGGGCCCAUAGAACUACAAGCUCGUGUGAUUUUAAAAUUUAUGAAUUUGUUAAAAGUGUUACAUAAAUUACAGGGAUAAAUUAACAGUUUUAAACUCAUACUGACCCGAGUUUUCCAAUUCUUGCAUACGUAGUCUACCAUUUUCUUAUUUUUCGGUUUACCUGACGUGUAGAAAUGAGCUUAAUUACUACUUGUUUACCAUGGGUGUCGCUUUAUUUUUUAUGCUGCAAAUGGAGCAUAAUAUUUACAAUUAUAAAUAACAAAUGUUAUACCAAGGCUAUGUAUUGUAUUUAACUAAUAUUAAUAAAGGCAAUUAUUUAAAUGCAUGCAUUU